AUGAGUUCUUUACCUAGUCCAGACCUUGGAGGUUCUGCUUCACGUGCACAAAAUGGUGAGGACCGUAAGCAAAGGUGCAAGUGGUCAAUAGCUGAAGACCUGGUCCUCAUCAGUGCAUGGUUGAACACCUCCAAGGAUCCACUAGUUGGAAAUGAGCAAAGAGCAGGAACCUUUUGGAAGAGGAUUGCCGCUUAUUAUAAUGCAAGUCCCAAGGUGAUUGGUUUGGCUAAGAGAGAGCAAAGCCACUGUAAGCAAAGGUGGGGGAAGAUAAAUGAGGGUGUCUGUAAGUUCGUGGGUUCAUAUGACGCUGCAACAAAACAGAGGACCAGUGGCCAGAGUGAAGAUGAUGUUCUGAAGGCUGCACAUGAAAUUUUCUUUAACGAUUACAAGGUGAAGUUCUCGUUAGAGCAUGCCUGGAGGGAGCUUAGGAAUGAUCAGAAAUGGUGUGGGACUUAUGGAAGUAGGCAACAAAGCUCUGGGUCAAAAAGAAAGAGGGUGGGGGAAGAACAAUCUUUUCAGUCAUCAGCAUCUAUGCCCAGUGUCAAUGGAGAGGAUGAACCAAUGGCUAGGCCUAUGGGUGUUAAGGCAGCAAAGACGAAGGCUAAAAGGCCAAUGGGAGAAGAAGGGAAGAAUCUGCAAGAGUUGCGGCAAAUGUGGGAGAUAAAGGCGAAGGACUUAAUUAUGAAGGAUAAGCUUAGCAAGACCAAACUGCUUGACAGUUUGCUUGCAAAAACAGAGCCACUUAGUGAAUUAGAAGUGGCACUUAAGAACAAACUGAUUACUGAAAUGUUGUCAAUGGGAAGAGAAACCGAAAUGGAAGCAAGAAAACCGAUUGUUUGUGGCCUCUCAGCAAGAGGAAUCAUACCGCCUCUCCCACAAGAAGAUACAGAUGAUGAUGUUGCGGAUAGCACACCAACUGAAGUUGAAGUGGUGGAGAUAUCAGAUGAAGAAGAAGAAGAAAAAGAUAUGGUGGAGUUGAGCUUUGAAGAAUACAGGAGAAACAUGGGGUACUUGAUUAGGGUGGAGGAAUCGGUUGAGGACAUCGAACCUGAGUUCAGAAGGAUGCUGAAAAGGAUGGAACAGGAAGAGAAGAAGCUGAGAGAGGAGAAGUUCAAGGUACUGAACUCGGGAAUCAAGCUAGAAGUAGGCCAAUCUUCUAAGGGUGAUGGUAAGAAGAGGAAGAGAAGAAGCUGA